AGUAAGGGCGGAUGUACUUUCACUCAGCUUUUGUGCGUCAGUUGAAAUAAAGAGUUUCCGCGUUCGUAAAGCUCGCAAACUAAAUUGGAUUUUUAUUUACCAGGGCAGAAAUGACUCGACUGCAGAUACUUUGUGUCGUUGGGGCGCUGCUGAUAACACAAUGCGCCGCCAUCGUAAGAAUUCCCCUUUAUAAAACAAGAAGCUUGCGCCGCCUGAUGAGCGAUAAUGGGAUGUCUGUGGAUGAGCUGCGGGCUUUGGCGAAGAGCACCGGAUCACCAGACAGCUCUCCAUCCCCGCAGCUGCCUGUGGAGAGGUUGACCAACUUCCUGGAUGCUCAAUACUAUGGGAUUAUAAGCAUUGGCACCCCGCCACAGAACUUCACUGUGCUGUUUGACACUGGCUCCUCCAACCUGUGGGUCCCCUCCAUUCACUGCUCCUUGUUGGAUAUUGCAUGCUGGUUUCAUCACCGCUACAACUCGAAGAAGUCGAGCACAUAUGUUAAGAAUGGCACAGAGUUCGCCAUCCGGUAUGGCAGAGGCAGCUUGUCUGGCUUCAUCAGCGGGGACAGUGUCACUGUUGCGGGCCUGUCUGUGCCUGGGCAGCAGUUUGGAGAAGCGGUGAAGCAGCCUGGGAUCACGUUUGCCGUUGCGCGGUUUGAUGGGGUGUUGGGAAUGGCAUACCCCUCGAUAUCAGUAGCUAAUGUCGUUCCGGUGUUUGACACAGCCAUGAAUGCCAAGCUUCUGCCCCAGAACAUUUUCUCUUUCUAUAUAAGCAGAGAUCCAAAAGCAGAAGUAGGAGGGGAACUGACACUGGGAGGGACGGACCCACAGUACUACACCGGAGACCUGCACUAUGUUAAUGUGACGCGAAAGGCCUAUUGGCAGAUCGGGAUGAACGGAGUUGAUGUUGGUGACCAGCUGACUCUUUGCAAAGGGGGUUGCCAGGCUAUUGUUGACACGGGAACAUCUCUAAUUGUGGGUCCCAAGGAGGAAGUCAGAGCACUGCAGAAAGCCAUUGGAGCUAUCCCUCUGCUCAUGGGAGAGUACAUGAUUGACUGUAAGAAGAUUCCAUCUCUUCCUGUCAUCUCCUUCGAAAUUGGAGGGAAGAGGCUCAACUUGACCGGAGAGGAUUAUGUCAUGAAGGAGUCUCAGCUGGGUAUCACAAUCUGUCUGUCGGGCUUUAUGGCCAUGGAUAUCCCACCUCCUGCAGGACCCCUCUGGAUCCUGGGAGAUGUAUUUAUUGGGAAGUACUACACAGUGUUUGACAGGAAUGCUGAUCGCGUUGGGUUCGCCCCUGCUAAUUAGACAACUGAACGCUGGAUAAAAUAUAUUGCACUUCUCCUUCUUUACCAGUAAUUUUACUCUAAAGUUCCCACAAAGCAAAUCUUCAUCAUUAAUGUUGCUUUAUUCAAUUUGCAGGAAUGACAAAUGCUGAUUUGCAUAUAUGUGUCAUAUCUGUGUGUAGUAAUGUGGUUUACGUGAGCAACCAGCUGAUUUGCAGUGAGCCAAUAGGGUUCAAAUGAGGGAUCAAAUGAGUGAUGUGUCCUGCCACUGAACAAAGGGACUACUUAAGCCCAUUUCUUGCACUUGUUUCUGAAGCUACUUUUGAUUUUUGAGCUUUAACUCUGCAUAUUUUAUAGAAUUCAACUAUGCAUUUGAAUGUCCUUGAGUGAUUUAAUUUUGCACUAUUUGCUGCAACUGAAUCACAAUUCUAGAUUCCAAGAAGAGUUCAAUGUAUUGUCAUGGGAACAAGUUUUGUACACUGAAGCUGCACUAUGUGAACAAAAGUGCUGGGCCACCUACGAACUUAGAAGAGUUGCUUGACCCUGGAAAUCCAUGCGAUGAAGCUCCCAGUGCACAAUUUUGGUGCUGAUGUUAAUGCCAGAGGAGGUUUGGAACUGUGAAGUUAUUGAGUCAGGGUGUUGGCAACUGCACUCUCUAACAUUAUAUGGUUUGCCACUUUGUGGCUGAGUUGCUGUUGCUGAAUGCUUCCACUUUGCAACAAUACCACUUACAGUUGAUUGUGAAAUUUCUUCCCUCCUAGAUAUUCCACAACCUGACUUGUUCCAACAGUGGAAUCCUAUGACAGCACCAUGCUCAAAUUCAGUGAGCUCUUUAGAAAGACUCAUUCUUUCACAAAUGUUAAAGGGAAACUGCAAGGCUAGAGGUAUGGCCCAGUACUGUUGCCCAUAUAGUGUACAUGAAGAUGUUUGAGGUGUUUUUUUUAACUGGCAUUUUUGAAUUAUUGAGUUUGACUAAAUAAAACUUUACAAUAAUUAAA